GGGGCGCGCGCAGCGCUGGGGCUUGGCUACCUGCACGCGGAGAAGGUGGUGCACGGCGACCUCAAGUGCACCAACCUCCUCGUGGGCAACGACUACAAGGCCUGGACCAUGUACUGCUGCAGUACAUGGGGCCGUCGCCCCACCUGCCGCUCAGCGCCGCCUGAUGCUUCCGCUCCACGAUGCUGCUGGACUGGAUCUGGGCCUGCAGCUGCCCGACUUCCGCCCCCACUGCCGGCUGGACGCUCGCCCGCUUCCUGCGCAGCGACGAGUUCUACAGCCGCUGGCAGUUCGCUGAGGCCACGCGCGUGGCUGUGGAACGCAGCGACACGGAGCUACUGCAGUGGCUGGUUGACCACUUCCAGGACGUGGUUGUGCCCUCGGACGUCGUGGCGCUGGCGGUGCUCAAGGGUGACCUGGCUGUGCUGCACUUCUUGGCCGCCAACGCCAACACCAAGGUCUGGUGGGAUCCAAGGGACGUGCUGUAUGCACUGCAGAACGACUGGCUUACCACCGCCAACUGGCUGCACCAGCACGCGCCGCUCGGCACCAUGACGGACGAAGUACGCGACGAUACCAUCACUGCCGCUGUGAAUGCCGGCGACGUGGCUCUCUGCGAGUCUCUGCUGCCCAGAGGCAGGUGCGUCUUAGACUACGCCAAGUUCUGUGUCAAGCCCGACAUCAUCGAGUGGAAGCUGGAUUGCGGCUACUUCUGGGUCGGCCAGUGGCACUACACUCUGGCUGAGGCGUGCCGCCACGGCAAUUUGGAUGUAAUCAAGUUCCUGGUGGAUCACCCAACAGGACAGCAAGUCAUCGACGAGAUGGGCCGCAGCAGAGAGCUCUCGAGUCUCGUGUGCUUCCCUGCUGCCAAGGGCAACAACAAGGCGAUGCAGGGCUGGCGGGCCAUUCGAGCAGGCGAUGGUCAGCGCCAUCUGGAUGUGGCAUCUUGGCUGAUGCGGUGAUUUCCCGAGCUCAACCCUGCGAGCUUCACCCCGCUUGCUCUCGCCAAGAACAAGUUCGAGGUGCUGCUGUUCCUACACGAGCACCACCCGGAAGCCUUCACGCCCGACUUCGUGCGAAGCGCCCGUCUGCCUAUCACGGGACUAUUGACGCCAAGCGAUGUCCUGGUU